AUCAUUGACUUUGGCUUUUCAGAGUAUCUGCCAUUGCAAUUUGCGGCAGUCUUCCCAAGGAUACUCGACCAUGAGACGUAUCAAGACCAGGAUGAUAUCGAGGUUGAGUCAGAGGUAGCCCAUGACCCCGAGUCAUCACUUGUCUGGCGAAGUAAGAACACUGAAACAAACCGCCGCGAUCGUCAACUGUUUCUAGAUACAGUCAAAAACUUGUGCGAUGUAGAUGGGGAAACGUGUCGCUCUCUCUAUCGUGUCCUUUCUUCAAAGCACGAGAUCAGGCGAUAUUGGUGGUUUACCGCAAUCAGCAACCAGAAGUUGCACCAGGCCAUGGUCAGGGUGAAAUGG